UCGAUGAUGUCAUCUGAAAAUUCACUCCCCCAAGUCAAAGGCGCCGAUUUGUUCUCUUCGCCCUAGAGUUUCUCCAAUGCAUCGCGGACCACAGCACAAACCCAAGGUAGUCAAAUAACUAAACUAAAACCGUAGAUAAGCUUUGCUGUCUUAACGACGCGGGACUAAGGGGUUUUAGCGACUGGACAUAGAACCAAACAGCCCCUUUUCUGUGGGCGAGCGCGUGAACUUUUAUUGGAACCGCAAAAAUGAAUCGGAGUUUCAAUAAAUCCCAAUCUUCCCUGCAAUACUUGGAUUGCAUCGCGGUUGAAGUGAAAAGCAAGUAUGGAGCAGAGUUCCGGCGGUUCUCCGUGGACCGUUUCAAACCGGGGAAGUUCGAGGAGUUCUAUAAGCUCAUCAUGCACGUUCACCGCAUCGCCAAUAUGGAGGUCAUGAUUGGCUACGCUGACAUCCACGGAGACCUGCUGCCAAUCAACAAUGACGACAACUUCUGCAAGGCGGUGUCUACAGCCCACCCACUGCUCCGGGUCUUCAUUCAGAGACAAGAGGAGGUCGACUACAGCAGCUAUGGGACCCACUCUUUGACCCGGAAGAAGAAGGCUGUGGUGGUGCUGCGGAACGACGUCAACAGGAAGCGACCUCACAUCCGCAUCGGAAUGCCACAGGACUUCCGGCCAGUCUCCUCCAUCAUCGAUGUGGACAUCUUGCCGGAGUCCCACCGCCGUGUUCGUCUCUACCGCCAUGGCUCCGACAAACCCCUGGGGUUCUACAUCCGGGACGGGACCAGCGUAAGGGUGACGCCCCAUGGCCUGGAGAAGGUUCCUGGGAUCUUCAUCUCCCGCAUGGUGCCUGGGGGCCUGGCUGAGAGCACAGGCCUGCUGGCUGUUAACGACGAGGUCCUGGAGGUCAAUGGCAUCGAGGUGACUGGGAAGACAUUGGACCAGGUGACGGACAUGAUGAUUGCCAACAGCCACAACCUGAUUGUCACAGUGAAGCCGGUGAACCAGCGGAACAACGUGGUGCGAGCCAGCCGGAUCUCUGGCAGCUCCGGUCAGUCGUCAGACAGCAGCGGUUCCACCGGCUACCCCAGCCUGUCCACCGCAGCCAUGGCGACCGGCGCCCACGGCUACGCCGACGAGCUGGAGAGCGACGAGGAGUCAGACAUCGUCAUAGAGAGCAGCCUCAAGCGGCCGUCGCGGCGCUCCAACGCAUCAGUGGUGUCCGUGGCAUCAACAACAUCACGCUCCCACAUCCAAGCCCCUCCCCCAGCUCCCGUGGAAUACCCCAGCCCCCCUACCCGACCCCUCUCUGUGGUUUCCACCGCCUCCUUCCACUCCCAGCCCAGCCUAAACGGCCUCUCCCACCACGGUAGCCUCAGCUAUAUGCUGCACAGGGACCUGAACCUCCAGCACCCCCAGUACCAGCCCCAUACCCUCCAGCACCACCAUCCCCAGCACCACAGUAGCAACCCAGCCCUCCGGGAGAGCAACGACAGCCUGCACAAAAUCCUCAGCACCAUGAGGACGGACCCUCGACACAGCCUGGCUCUGCCCCGGGGAGGGGUGGAGGAGGACGGCACCGUCAUCACCCUAUAAUACACACACCUACACUUAUGAUACAGACACACACAUACGCACACACUUGGAUGUGAGCUGGAGCAUCCCCAGUCUGGUAUAUCCACCAUGAGAAUGAACGUUGUUCCUCAAACCUCCUCCUAAUUUCGUUAAAUUUUUUCUAAGACAAAUAAUCCAGGAAACAAGGAGAUUUUAUUCUGUGUUUGUGUUUGAAAGUUUUCUAUGUCUUGUAAAUUAGCAUUUUAGGCGAGUCCACUGUAUGUUAUAGUCCUGAUGGGAUUCACCUGCUAUCCUUUAGUGACCACUAUCUUCUUUUUGGGACCAACUCUGAGCUUUUGUUUUUAAGAACAAUUAUAUGUGUCUGUACAAUGCUGCCUGUCUGUACUGAUUCGCUAUCUCUGUAUUUUAACUGGAGAUUCUCAUCAAUCAUCUGUAUCUGUUCCAAUACAUUAUUUUAAGCUUUAAUAAGAAGUGUUGGAUCAUCACAUGUAUUAAAACUCUUACUUCCCUUACCAGCAGUCAUUUAUACCUGGUACGUUUUGAACCGUUAUCAAGGAAUACUUCCUACACUAAACAUGGGGCUAGUCUAUAUCCUGUUUCCUCUUCUCCACCGGUUCUGUUUGUGAAGCUCCUAAAAUGGAUUCCGGGAAUGCAACAUGCUCUCUGGAAAAAAGCCACUAGCUGACUAGCACCCCUCUCACCUCACUGCUAAUGAACUCUUAUCUUUACUGUUUACUCAAGACGCCUCAGCUCAGCUGUGAACCCUGUUAGUUACAGCAGGCAGGGGGAUGUGAACCAUGUUGGUUACAGCAGGCAGGGGGAUGUGAACCCUGUUAGUUACAGCAGGCAGGGGGAUGUGACUGUUACAGCAGGGAGGGGGAUGUGAACCCUGUUACACCAGGCAGGACUGCUAGGGUGUGAAGGUGAUAACACCGGAAUUUGCGUCUGCUUAACCUCACUCAUUCACUUUCCUACACUAUUGGGCACACACAUUGAGAUCCAUGUUCGGAUCUAGUGGUACUUUGGUUUACAAGCACAAUCUAUCCAUCCAUGAUAUGGUAAACUUUUAUGAAGUAUAUGGAUUCUGUGGGACACUAAGCCAUCCAUCUGUUGUUUGAUUUUUGUAUGGGAUUCUUCUCACCAUUAUUCACAUUGUAGUUCAAGGUUAGCACAUUUUCUGUUGUUGUUGAACAAUCUUGUUGUUUCAACUCUUUAAAUCUCCAUGUUAGUACUCCCUGGAUUAAUAUAGGAUUAACACCCCAUUUUGGUUCACAAAUAUGUCAUUUUUGUUGCUCUUUCCUUUUCCUCUCCCCAUAGGCUGCUCCGGUUACCUAGGUCACUGUGUUCUUCUGACCAUAGAGGUUAUUCCCUGCAUAUCUUCACUAUGGACAGUCAGUUCAACCCUGUUGAGUAGUGCUAUAAUGUGUUGGUCACUGCCCCCACCUGGUAGUACCAUCGACUCAGUGUGGGCAACAUAUUCACACCUAAGAAAUAUUACAGGUUUUAUAUUUAUUACAGAAACGUCUCAAUUUUUCUGGAAUAAUGUCUAUUGUUUUACUAUCUUUUUAAUGUACAUAAGGAUUUUAUAAUAGAUUUUUACAAGGAAAAACAAUGACCUAUGAACAAGCAAUUCCAUUAGGUAUUAUGGUACGAGGAUGAUUAUGAUUGGGAAUAUUUCUGUAUAUCAUGUAAACUGGACUGUUUAUAUACUAUAUGAUGAUGUACAGACGUUUCUAUACAUUCUCCACACAUACAUUAGAGAAAAGGUUUGUAAAACACUUUGUGCCUUUUAAUUCAUUUUAGUCCAGAUAUGUACUGAGCACUCAAAUGUAAACAAGUUGAAUGGAUAUUGGGGCUUGAUCUGUAAUUGCUCAAUCAUUAUUUAGUAGGCCUAGUUGCUCUUUCAACAUAGUAAACUGUAAGUAUCACUUCAACUAAUUUCCACAAUUGAAAUUCAAAAUCUUUAUGCAAUUAAUUUGAAUUGUAUUGUGAAUGUUGUGUUCAUAUUAUUUUCUUACUGUUUUGUAAUUUUUGGGAGAGAAUUUGAA